AUGGCUCUCCUCAACCCGACCUUCGUCUUCGGCUGCGUAGUCCUCCUAUAUCUAUCGACCUUCGUCUUCCUCGCCGUAUUCCGAAUCCUUACCGGUAUUUCUAUCCAGAGAAUAGGUUAUUUCUCUUUGCGACGACUAGCAUAUACGCCACGAGAUGGGUGCAGGAUAGAAGUCAGGGGCCUCGGGCUUCACGUUCAUCGCCCAACGUUUGCCCAGCCAACAUGGCUCAGCAUUGUGCUGAGCGAACUUGUCGUGACACUGGACGUCAACGAACUCGAAGGCAACAAAGCGACCGAUUUGGACCCCGAGGGCAGCGAGUCCGAAAACUCGAAGGAUAAGAAGACAGACACCAAAACCACCACUCGACAACAACCACCGUUAUCUCGACGAGCCACGAGCACAGUUGUCCGAAGUGAGACAUGGAAGAAGCUCACGCAUAUGAAGGAAAAGAUCAAGCGGUUGCAUAGGAAUAUCAGCUGGCUCAAGCUGGUCGAUGUGGUCGCGACAAAUUCAGCUGUUAAUGUUGUAGACGUGGGCAAUAUUCAGGUUGGAAGCUUCACUCUCGCAGUCGAUACGCGCCGCAAGAUGGUCGAUCGUGUACGGUUCUUCGCCCGUUUAGCCGAUCGCCAUGGAAAGGACCAACAGGCGGAAUGGACUGUCUCGCUUCGUAGCGUUUUGUUCACGGCUGAUGGUAGCGAAUCUAUGGAAAUUCUCGACCAGCUGUUCGUUAAUGUACAUGGACAUUUGUACAAGUCCAUGGAUGGCCUUCGUGAAGCCGCCGUGGCAAUCAAGAUGGGGCGAAUGCAUCUUCCUUUCGAUGACUUGCAGACAUGUAUAAGUCGGCUCAAGCAACGCCGGGCUGAGGCCAAAACGCCUGGUGCGGAGGAGGAGCCUAUGGACAUCUUUUUGGGCAAGGUUGCUCAGGAAAUCGACGAACCUGGAACGACAAAUGAGGAUUUGAUGCGGACGGUCUCUGAUUCCAAAGAGUUCUUCAGCUCUAUCCUGCGAGGUAUUAAAGAGAUCCAAUUUGCUGUCAGCUUUGUGGGUAUGAGCAAAAAGGUCCAAUCCAUUAAACCUGGAUCGACGCCAAUACAGCUCAACGCCGCAAUGAAGGAGGUCGGUAUAGAUUUGCACCGGUUGGAUUCGAAGUCACCAGCGCACCGAAUGUAUUUCCCUGCCGAGGCUAUUGCGCACGAGGCACUGGCUGCUGCUCUUUCUAUAUCCGUUGGCUUGGAUGACGGCCACGGUCAACCCGAACGUCUUCUCUACAUCCCAAUGGCGACAACAACGAUCAAGACGACACUACUAUCCAAGACCGUCGAGGUGCUUCGUGCCAGCACCGUGGACGAAAGAAAUACGAACAUCAUGUUUGCUAACUCUGUAGUUACAUCUCCUUCGGUGGACUUGGACCCUCACCACUUGCCACUUCUUAUCGCUCUCUUCAAAUCAAAACCUAAGGCGCCGAAAAAGCAGGGCGACAACCAUCAUCUUAUUUCCCGCCUAUUACCAAAGGCGAAUUACAAGUUCUCCAUGCACGAGCCUGUUGUUCGCAUAAAGCUUCAUCCUUUACAAAAGGCAGAAGACCCAGACGACUUCGAUCUCAUUAUCUCGUCCAUCUCUUCGAUAUCACUUGACCUAGAAUCGUCGCAUAGUCUCAUGGCAGACAUGCACUACUCUCUCGAUGGUUCUAUUAGACUCCAGUCGCAUGACCUAUAUUACCAGACAAAUCACGGUGAACGGUUCAACCUGAUCACCACGGAAUCACUGGACAUGAAACUUAACCUCGGUGCUCGUCCGGAUGUCUACGUUGACGUUUCAGGCAAUCUCCAAUCCGCCUCAAUUAGCAUGGUCAGACCUGAAAUCAUCGAUGGUCUUCGCCAAAUUGUCCAGGAGUUGAGGAUCGAUGUGGAACCAGAGAAGGGCCCAGUCUCACGUUCCAAGGGUGGCCAGAACUUCCUACGAUCUAUGCCAGAUUGGUUGCUGAGAGCCAAGUUCGAUGCAUCCGAUUUCAAUGUGGAGAUUGCAGGAAUUGAUGAGGAAAUCUCGGAUGAUACUCGUGGAGUGUUUCUACACUGGGACACUGUGUCAACCGAAUAUCGUGCCCAGCGACUUGAUGGGCUUAGACGUCGAGCUUCCAGAAGACGCGCCAACAGCCGUUCUAUCAAUCAAUCCGAUUCGGAGUGGACUCCUCCCUCAAGCUCUCCGCGCCCACAGAAGAAACCACAGAACAUUGGCGAUGGUCGAAAACUCACCCUCUUUGCUAGCGGGAUUGAGGUACAAAUUAUGGAUGCCGUCGAUACACUCGAGCCUGAGCCAUUCUUCAGUGUACCAAGGCUUGAACUCUCGCUCGUUGCUGCAAGCGAUGCCAGUGGUCCAACAUUCAACAUACAGGUGGGCGUUCGUUCAAUUCGGGCCAAAUACUCGCUUUAUCGACAUUACGCCGUGGGUGUUGCUGUUAUGACGAUACGUAAAGCGUUCAUGCAAUCUGGGCGUGAUGUUGCACGACCUAAGGAACGUGGAAGCUACGUCGAUCUCAUUCCUACUUCCAAUCGAUUGGCCCCUCCAGGAACUCCAGAUCUCGACCCUGGGCUCACCACUAUUACACCAGAAAUGGUCACUCUGGACUUCAAAGCAGCGCUCGUGCAGCUCAAGGCUGAUAUGCCUCACGAUCCAGCUAUGAUGCUACACAUGUAUGGCCUGGAGCUCGGUCGGCAGAGAUGGUCUACACCUUACAUCGCAGCAAAACUUGUUCGACUCUACACAGAGCCACCACGUAUGCACAAUGUGUGGGCACGCAUAGUCAGCAUCAAAUCGGGACGCCUCGACUUCCGAGAAUCUCGCAGAAAGUCAGCUUAUGGGGGCAUUGUCGAGGAGAAGAUGGUUGAUAUCGUGACAGAAGCUGUCCGUAUCGCAGUUCCGCAUGAGGUCAUCAUCAGUCGCGUAACUGACAAUUUCACCAACGUUAUCAAAGCAGUGCAGCAGCUGCAUCAUCGGUUUAAGACGGGGACUAACGAGUACAUUCUCGAAAAGAAUCCAGAAGGUCCAAAGUCGGUCCCCAAAGUGUCAGUGCGUACACGCAAUUUCUUGUUCGAGCUUGAAGAUGGUGGCUUUGAAUGGAAAUUGGGCAUGAUCUAUCGUACUGGCCUUGUUGAGCAAAAACAGCGACUUGCUCGGGAAGACGCUUUCAAGGUUAAGCUCAAGAGAGUUCGCGAAGAUGAAAUUCGCAGGGGAACGAGUAAGUUCCGUUCUCGGUCCACAUUUCCAAGAGGGCGACCCGAGACAGCAGAUUCGCCCGGUAGCAGAAGUCGAAGUGCAGAUGGAUUUGAUGGGAGAGACGCACAAACAAACUCCCGCCAUGGAAGGAUCCCGAGAUACAACCCCAACACGGAGUCCCUCAAGGUCAACGGCGUUUCAAAGGUUACCGAACACUAUGCUCGAAGUCACCUCGACAUGUUCAAUGCUCAAAGCUGGAAGAAGCGGAUUGAUCAUGCUUGCCAGCUGUCUCAAGACAGCAUGAAAGAGUCUCGCGGUCAGUUUUGGGGUGCUAACCAAGUACCUGAAGAUGUCGAAGAUGCCGAGAAUCUACUCGAGGUACCCCCGCGACCAGCACUCAUGGCUGCUGUAAUCACCGACUUGCAUUUCACACUUGACAAGCCUACUUUCCCCAUGAAAGAUCUACCAGAUUUUCUCCACAAAAUUGGAAAAGGGAUGCCGAAGGAUAUGCAGUAUAGUUUACUGGUGCCGAUGCAUCUCAGCAUUGCAAUGGGCGAGGCUAAGGUAACGCUACGAGAUUAUCCAUUACCUCUUGUCCACAUCCCUCCGAUGAAGUAUGGACAAUCUGCAAAGAUCCAAGCGGUAUCAUUAAAAACGAAUUUCGUUGUUGCUGAAGAAUUCCGGGGCCACGAGUCGACCCGUCGAGUUCGAGUCAAUGUCGUACCCCCAAGAAGCACGGUGCCGGGCUCUUCAAACGAAGGCAGUUUCGCGAUUGAAGUUAGACGUACUGUUGGACCCGUCAAGUCAUACUCUGAUGUAUACAUGGACGUCAACAGUGCUUUGCCCACCCGCAUCACUUGGGGUCCUUGCUAUCAGUCUGCUAUCCAAGACAUGAUGAUGGUCAUUGAAUCGUUUACCAAACCUCAAUUCGACCCAUCGGAGCGUGUUGGUUUCUGGGACAAGCUAAGACUUAACUUCCACUCCAGGAUACACAUGUCUUGGAAGGGUGACGGAGAUGUUCACCUUGCUCUCAAGGGUACACGUAACCCGUAUGCUAUGACUGGCAAUGGUGCCGGCUUCCUCAUGUGCUGGCGAAACGACAUCAGAUGGAAUAUCAAUGCUGAUGAUGACCCGAAGGGAUUCAUCUCAGUCGAAAGUGGCGAGUACAUCCUUGCUGUCCCCGACUACAGCCAUGAGGUCCGAGAGCAAGCCCGGCGACAAUAUGAUGUCGAAGGUUACCUGCCUGACGAUAACUACAAGUCCGAGGCAAGCUUCAAGAAGGUUGUCAUGAAGUUGUCGGGCAAGGUCAAGGUCAUGGCCGGUCUCAUCUUCGAGCGUGCUAUCGAGGAUGGCAAGCGAAGUUUUGACUUCCGGCCUCACUAUGACAUCGUCCUCAAGAACCCGCAUUUUGCCAAACCUGAUGCGAACGGUCUUCCAUACGAUGCAUUGCGUGGAUUCAGGAGUCGACAUAUCCAUCUUUCCAUUGCAAUUCAUGCACCGGCCGACCGAGACUGGCUAUCUGAUAAUCCAGAGCCCUCACGCAGCUACAACACAAUUCAUCUCACUCCCAGAUUCUUCACCCACUUCUUCAACUGGUGGGGCUUGUUUGGACAACCACUGUCGUUACCAAUUCGUCAAGGAAGCCUGUUCCCUGGACGUGAGAAGAACAGCAAGAAAUUUGGUCGACAUUUGGCGACUGUUAAGUACAAUAUUCUGCUUGCGCCCCUAUUUCUCAGCCACAUCUACAAGCACAAAGAUGUCGAAGAUCAUUCUGAGAACGCAGUUUCUGCGACUGGUUUGAAGGUGCGAUUCGAUAGCUUUUCGCUUGACCUCCAUCAGCGUCGAGAGGAGUUUGGUACCCUUGGGAAAGGAAAACAAGGCGAAAACACAAAUAAGACAUCAGGCAUCAAGAUUCAUGCUGCUCAGCUUGACCUCGUUAGCGCCGACGUUCGGGCGGUAUCAGCAAGCUUGAAGGGUACAACUACAGAAGCCAUUCAGAAAGGAUCUAUUGCCACUUUGAUGAGCGAAACUGACGAUAAGCCUGACUUGUCUCGAUUUACUAUCCCCGAUAACGAUUUCAGCUGGAUUGAUAUGGAUGACUUCGUUGAACUUGACUGGAUAACACCAACCGAACCUCACCCCGAUACCAAGAUCCUGCCUCUGGCGUACGCCCCUCGCCUGACAUAUUUCCGACAAACAGAUAUUGGCGGUGUUAUUGCCGGUGAUCCAACGCGAACCAGUCCCUUUGGAAGCGAGCCUACACAUUUCUGCGUUAUGAGACAUGACGACGAUCCACGUCGAAUCCAAGGCCAACUGAUCCAAGAUCGUCUUGAUCAGCUGGCCAAGCAAAUGGAAUCUCACGACCGCGAGAUGGGCGAAGCAGAAUUGAGGGUUAUCAAAUGUGAUGCGAAAGACCGUGUCGCUGUAGAAGAGUUCAAGGCCUUCCAGAAGCACACUGACGUGCUUCAAGAAAAGCAGGAAUUUCUGGAAUCAAUGCUCCACCAAGCCAGGAUUCGAAUUCCAUCAAGCACGCACAGAACCAGCAAUGAUGGACGAAAACAGUCUGGCGAAUCGGCACUUCCUUUCCAGGAUGAGACUAUGGAGAUUCCAUCGACGAGUGAGUUCGAGAGCGAUUUCAACAAUCGAUUUGUUAUCCACAAUUUGCAACUCAAGUGGAACAACACUCUUCGAAAUAUCGUACUUCGUUAUCUUCACCAGAACAGUCAAAGACGUGGUUUCACGUACUAUCUUUCUCGGCCUGCUAUCAAGUUCAUUCUAGAUAUUGUUGAAGAGCAAAACAAAGCUAAAUCCAAUACUAAGCCAGGCAAGGCCAAAUCAACACAUUCUCGGCAAGAUGGCAGGAGAAGCUCUCGGGCUUCAAGUAUGCGGGACGAUGACGAAACACCCGUGGAUCUGGAAGAGCGCAUCAAGCGCAUUCUUAGCGAUGGUCGCAAGUUCACCUCUGCCACUUGGGGUACCAACGCCGAGGGUCUUGUCGACGGUUCUAUCGAAGACUUGGUGACUGGAAUUGCUGAAGAAUUUACCCCUCAGAGCAGCUAUCACAUUCGCAUCAUCGCUCCUCAAAUUCAGCUUCAGAGCGACAAGAACAAGAAGAAUGUAGUACUGGCAACUGCCAAGGGAAUGGAACUCAAGGUUAUGGAAGUCAUGGAGAAGGAGAGAAUAUCGGACAAUGUCAGUGGUCUUGUCCAGCGCCGAUUCUUGGUCAAUAUGGACAGUGUCCAGUUCUUCGUCACACAUCGCAAGUGGUUUCAGACCAACCUUGUAUCAAUGUAUGUUGGAAGCAAGUAUGGCGCGCCGAGCGGUUCUUCUUGGCCACCUUGGGUCCCUAUCGAGGUUGUAUUUGACUUCCAGGCGGAUCCUUUCGGAUUCAAGCGUGUUGUGCAGAAGACUUCGGCCAUGGUGCGAUACGACAAGUACAAUACGCUGCGCUUGAAGUACAACGACGAGGUGAAUACUGAUGGUAACGAGGGCGAUUCUCAAGCCAACAUGGAGAAUCGUAUGGACAAUCUUUGGGUCGAGUUCCCUACAGCCAGAGCUCUCUGCAACUCGUCGCAGUACUACGCACUGUACGUCAUCGUGCUGGAUCUUCUCAUGUACAAUGAGCCCAUGGAGAAAACACGGAGUGAACGCCUCGAGAAAAUCAUUCUCGCUUCCGACUUUAGCGACCUCAGUGGUGCUCCUGCCAUGGUCCAGAAGCUACAGCAACGCAUCAGGCAGAUGGAAGAGAUCAAGGAUCAUUUCCAGAUUUACAACAAGUAUCUUGACAAGAAGGGCUGGGAAGACCGCUUGCAACUCGAGAAGGACCUUUUAGCUUGUGAAGAUGAGUUGUUUUUCAUGAUGAAGGCCAUCACCUCCUCUCAGAGAAAGUUUGAUGUGAACUCGGAUGACACUACCGGUUUACUAAAGUGGAACAUCACGAUUCGGGACAUUGUUUGGCAUCUCAUGCAAGAUUCCAACGAGCCUCUAGUUGAGUUACAGCUCAAGGACCUUGAGUACGAUCGAACAGAUAACUCGGAUGGUUCUCAUGUCAACCUUAUACGUGUGGGCAAGGUCCUUGGCCUGAACCUAUUGCCUGAUGCGACCUACCCGGAAAUGAUAGCACCGUACAUCGAUCCUGAGAGACCACACACCCAGGAGGGUGAGCACAAAGAGAUGAUACGAGUGUAUUGGCACAUGUUGGAGGCUAUUGCAGGCAUUCCUGUCAUGGACCGUUUCGAAGUAAACCUCUUCCCGAUCAAGGUACAACUGGAGCGCGAAGUGGGUAAACGACUAUUCGAAUACAUCUUCCCUGGCAUACAUGGAGAAAAGGCGACAGGCGCCAAGAAUGAUUCACCCUUCAUGCUGAAGCAGACCACGCAUGAUGGAGACGAGGAUGAGGAUGAAGACGAAGAUGGUAAUGGUCUGACACCGUCCUACACGAGACAAUCAUCUUCAUCAUCCUUCUCGGCAGGCUCUGGUUCUCUUGAGCUACGGCUGCGACCUACAUUGACUUCCAAUACCAAGGCUGAAGCACCCCCAGGAAAGGCUCUGAGUGUCAACACAGGGAAUGAAGGUCAUUCCUUCCGUCUUUUCCGUGCUCCAGGAACAUCCAAGACUUUGCUCAAGAAGGUAUCUCACGAGUCUUUGCGAUCCAAUAUGGGCUCAAGAGUGGGCCUUGCGCGUGCUUCGACAGGUCUCUCUACCAGGGAACGAGCGGACUCGAGGGAAACAGACAAGAAAUCGCGGUUUGGCCUGGGCAAGAGACAAAACAACGAAAAGCAACCAUCAGACGAUCUCACUAAGAUGAUGACGCGUGCCAGCCAUUUCAUGACUUUUGCGUCCAUCAAGAUGCCUUCCGUGGUGCUUUGCCUGAGUUACCGUGGUAAAGACAACCGCAAUAUUGAGGAUGUUCACGACUUUGUGUUCAGGAUGCCAAACAUCGAAUGGCAGAACAAGACAUGGUCUAAUUUGGACUUGGCCCUGGCACUUAAGAAGGCAGUGGUGAAGGCCUUGAUCUCGCAUACGGGUGCCCUCAUUGGCAACAAGUUCUCGAAACAUCGGCCCAAUGCUGAGCAGCGAGACAAGCUACGGGUACUGGCUAAUAGCUCAGUUCUCAUUGCUCCUUCGUCUUCGGGUGGCUCUCAGCACCAUCCCGGUAGCAUCAAUGACAGCGAUGAUUCGAGCACGUAUGGUUCAUCGCCUGUCGAUUUCUCCCGAUCGCCCCCAAGAAGCAUUCGAGCUCCAAGUACGCACAGCAGUAUACGACCAGCUUCACAUAUGCGACGCCGCAGUCGAAGCUCGAGUAUCAAGAGUCGAAGAUCGCAUCGCAACGGUGGCGCAGCUCCUGCUCCUCACGGCCCCCACGCCCCUCAUAUCCCGACUUUCCUUAUGAUGACACCGCCAACACCUAUUGACGACCCCCGAGGCGACAGACAACAUCAUUACGGGACCGAGCUUUUGCGGCCAGGAACAGCAAGCCCGCAAAGCAGCGUGCACAGCAAUAUGAACAGCAGUAUGCAUAGUCAAUCGAGUCACAUGCAGGGUAUAACACCGAGCAAUUCCCACACUGGUAGUAUUCACAGCACCAGCCCCCAAAGCAAUAUCCCAGUACCGGUUGCCCUACAGCCUAGACCUGGAUUUAGGAGGAUUCCUACUGGGAUUGAUCGGCCGGUGUCAAGCAUGAGCAACCACGAGACAAGCAGCUCUGGCGUGCGUAGGAAGAACGGCGCAAGCAACCUUAAAGACAAGCUCAGUGCACUUACAUCACGAAUUGGCAACCGAGAGAGUAGUCAAUCGUCACAACAAGAUGACGAUUCAGAGACAGUCGACGAGUCAACAACACCUGCGGGACCAAAAAGCAGAUCGAGACGAUCGUCGAGCAAUACAGGAUCGCGACUCACUUGGACACCUAGCAGGAUGAAGUCGGGUUAA